AAUUCACAAUUCCAAAAACCAUAUCAAAGGAGGCGUCACUAAGGGAAUCAACACCGUCUUCUUCUCUUUCGCCGCCAUGGACCAGCAAUCGCAGCUUGCCCUCAUCUUGGGACCCGACCCGGCUCCAUUCGAAACCCUAGUCUCCCACUUGAUGUCGUCCUCGAACGAGCAACGUUCUCACGCCGAGGGUUUGUUUAAUCUAUGCAAGCAAUCCGACCCUGACGCCCUCUGCCUCCGUCUCGUACAUCUCCUCCAAGUCUGCAAUCAACCCGAGGCUCGUGCCAUGGCCGCUAUUCUCCUCCGUAAGUUGUUGACGCGUGACGACUCUUAUAUCUGGCCUCGACUCAACAUCAAUACUCACUCCUCACUCAAAUCCGUGCUUUUGUCUCAAAUCCAAGUGGAGACCGCCAAAAAUUUGUCUAAAAAGUUGUGCGAUACUGUAGCCGAGCUUGCUUCCAGUAUAUUGCCGGAGAAUGGCUGGCCGGAGCUCUUGCCGUUUAUGUUUCAGUGUGUUUCUUCGGAUUCUCCUAAAUUACAGGAAUCUGCGUUUUUGAUAUUUGCUCAGUUGAGUCAGUAUAUAGGCGACGUGUUGACUCCUUUUAUAAAGGAUCUACACGCUGUUUUCUUGAGAUGUUUGAGUGAAAGUACUAAUGCCGAUGUCAAAAUCGCUGCUUUGAAUGCGGUAAUCAACUUUAUUCAGUGUUUGACCAGCUCAUCUGAUCGGGAUAGAUUUCAGGAUCUAUUGCCAGCGAUGAUGAGGACGUUGACGGAGGCUUUAAAUAACGGGAACGAGGCCACCGCUCAAGAGGCUCUUGAGUUGUUGAUUGAGUUGGCUGGGACGGAGCCUCGUUUUCUUAGAAGGCAGCUUGUCGAUGUGGUGGGCGCAAUGCUGCAGAUUGCAGAGGCUGAAUCACUCGAGGAAGGCACUCGGCAUUUGGCGAUCGAGUUCGUGGUCACUUUGGCAGAAGCAAGGGAGCGAGCUCCAGGAAUGAUGAGAAAGUUGCCGCAAUUUAUUAGUAGACUAUUUGCAAUACUAAUGAGAAUGCUGUUGAAUAUCGAGGAUGAUGCAGCAUGGCACACUGCAGAAACUGAAGAUGAGGAUGCUGGAGAAACAAGCAAUUACAGUGUCGGGCAGGAGUGUUUGGAUCGUUUGGCAAUUUCGUUGGGUGGUAACACGAUUGUUCCUGUUGCAUCAGAGCAGUUGCCUGCUUAUUUGGCUGCACCUGAGUGGCAAAAGCACCAUGCUGCGUUGAUUGCUCUUGCUCAGAUUGCCGAGGGGUGUGCCAAGGUUAUGAUUAAAAAUCUGGAACAAGUGGUUUCUAUGGUCUUGAACUCCUUUCAUGAUUCUCAUCCCCGUGUGAGGUGGGCAGCAAUUAAUGCAAUCGGGCAAUUGUCUACAGACCUGGGUCCAGAUUUGCAGAACCAAUAUCACCAAAGAGUAUUGCCAGCAUUAGCUGGUGCUAUGGAUGAUUUCCAGAAUCCACGAGUACAGGCCCAUGCUGCUUCAGCUGUACUCAACUUCAGUGAGAACUGCACUCCAGAAAUUUUAACACCUUACUUGGAUGGAAUCGUUAGUAAAUUGCUUGUACUUUUACAGAAUGGGAAACAAAUGGUGCAAGAAGGUGCCUUGACUGCUUUGGCAUCAGUGGCCGACUCAUCUCAGGAGCAAUUCCAAAAAUAUUAUGAUGCAGUUAUGCCUUACCUGAAAGCUAUCUUGGUGAAUGCAACUGAUAAAUCUAAUCGUAUGCUACGUGCCAAAUCCAUGGAGUGUAUUAGUCUUGUUGGAAUGGCUGUUGGAAAAGAGAAGUUCAGAGAUGAUGCUAAGCAGGUUAUGGAAGUGCUUAUGUCAUUGCAAGGAUCCCAAAUGGAGACAGAUGAUCCUACAACAAGUUACAUGCUGCAAGCAUGGGCCAGACUCUGCAAGUGUUUGGGACAAGACUUCCUCCCUUACAUGAGUUUUGUCAUGCCUCCCCUUCUCCGGUCUGCUCAACUUAAGCCAGAUGUAACUAUUACGUCUGCAGAUUCAGAUAAUGACAUUGAGGACUCUGACGAUGAAAGUAUGGAAACUAUUACUCUUGGGGAUAAAAGAAUUGGGAUCAAGACAAGCGUUCUGGAGGAAAAGGCUACAGCAUGUAACAUGCUAUGUUGCUAUGCAGAUGAGUUGAAGGAAGGAUUUUUUCCAUGGAUUGAUCAGGUUGCUCCAACUCUAGUUCCUCUUCUUAAAUUUUAUUUCCAUGAGGAAGUUAGAAAAGCUGCUGUUUCAGCCAUGCCGGAGUUGCUGCGCUCAGCAAAAUUAGCUGUGGAAAAUGGAAUAGCUCAAGGGCGUAAUGAGACCUAUGUAAAGCAAUUGUCUGACUACAUCAUUCCGGCUCUAGUGGAGGCAUUACAUAAGGAACCUGAUACUGAAAUUUGUGCUAGCAUGUUGGACGCAUUGAAUGAAUGCAUACAGAUCUCUGGUACUCUUCUAGAAGAAAGCCAGGUUAGAUCUAUCGUGGACGAGGUAAAACAAGUAAUCACAGCUAGUGCAAGUAGAAAAAAUGAGAGAGCUAAAAGAGCCAAAGCUGAAGACUUUGAUGCUGAGGAGGGAGAGUUGAUUAAAGAGGAAAAUGAGCAAGAGGAAGAAGUUUUUGACCAAGUGGGUGAAAUCUUGGGAACUUUGGUCAAAACAUUUAAAGCCUCUUUCUUGCCUUUCUUUGAUGAGCUAUCUUCAUAUCUUACACCUAUGUGGGGCAAGGAUAAGACAGCUGAAGAAAGAAGAAUUGCAAUUUGUAUUUUUGAUGAUGUUGCAGAGCAGUGUCGUGAGGCAGCUAUAAAGUAUUAUGACACAUAUCUUCCUUUCAUAUUGGAGGCUUGCAAUGAUGAGAACCCAGAUGUGCGACAGGCGGCGGUGUAUGGACUGGGUGUUUGUAUGGAAUUUGGUGGACCUGUAUUUAAGCCCCUUGUUGGAGAGGCUCUAUCUAGGUUAAAUGCUGUCAUACGGCAUCCCAAUGCCUUGCAAUCUGAAAACGUGAUGGCAUAUGAUAAUGCCGUUUCUGCUUUGGGAAAAAUAUGCCUGUUCCAUCGCGACAGUAUUGAUGCAGCUCAGGUUGUUCCUGCAUGGUUAAAUUGCUUGCCGAUAAAAAGUGAUCUGAUAGAAGCCAAAGUUGUUCAUGAACAACUUUGUUCAAUGGUAGAGAGGUCAGACAACGAUGUAUUGGGUCCUAACCAUCAAUAUCUUCCUAAGAUAGUUUCAAUAUUUGCUGAGGUACUAUGCGGUAAGGAUCUAGUCACGGAGCAAACUGCAAGUCGGAUGGUGAAUCUACUGAGGCAGCUUCAGCAAACUUUGCCAGCGGCAACAUUGGCCUCAACUUGGUCAUCUUUGCAGCCACAGCAACAGCUUGCCUUGCAAUCCAUGCUCUCCUCUUAGUAUAUUUUUCCGUCACUGACAAGCGUCUUUCUGGUUUUGAUGGAAUUCAAUGCUCGUCCAGUCUGUGUUGAAGCAUAUCUUGUUACCAAUUCAUUUCCCCAAGAAGGUUCCCAUUGGUUUGUCUUUGCAUGAUGUCUUACUCGCAGGCCAGCGAAGCUUUUGAUUGGGCACGAAAGGUCGUCACACCAGCGAUUGAAAUGAAUCCCUUUCUCAUCUUAUUUUCUUGGUAGAAUGUGUAUAUUACAAGUUUUCGAUUUACAAUACGUCUGGAAAAGAAGAAUAAUGUGGUUUCUAUGGUUUGUAAGCUUUUUUGCAUUUUUCGUGGGUGAGUACAUGAGGUCUUGAGGGUUGCCAUUAAAAGUGCAAUUCUUGUAGCAGUUUUGGUGUCGGAAUGUGUUUUUGGUUUCAGUUUGCACAAAAUAUUUGUCCUCGAUUGUCAUCAUUAUAGAACAUAUGGACUGAAAUUUUUGAAUGGUUAUUCUUUCUUAUCCUUUUUGCAAA